AUGGACGGCAGCAAUGACCCUGAGCGCCAGCAUGCGCUGGAGGGCUAUAAAACGGCCUUGUUGGAGUCGAGAGAAUGGGAAGCCAAGUUAAAAUCCCUUCGACUAGGCAUCAAAGAUUUGCAAAAAGAGUUUGACCAGACAGAGGAUAAUAUCAAGGCGCUACAGAGUGUUGGGCAGAUUAUUGGCGAGGUUCUGAAGCAGCUGGACGAGGAGAGAUUCAUCGUCAAGGCUUCGUCCGGUCCUAGAUACGUUGUGGGAUGCCGGUCGAAAGUGGACAAGGCAAAGCUCAAGCAAGGAACCCGUGUUGCCCUCGAUAUGACCACCCUAACUAUCAUGCGGAUGCUGCCCCGUGAAGUCGAUCCUCUCGUUUACAACAUGUCGCUCGAAGACCCUGGACAGGUCAAUUUUGCUGGAAUUGGUGGCCUAAACGAUCAAAUCCGAGAACUGAGAGAGGUUAUUGAGUUGCCCCUUAAGAACCCAGAGCUUUUCAUGAGAGUGGGAAUAAAACCUCCCAAGGGCGUAUUGCUAUAUGGGCCUCCAGGGACAGGGAAGACCCUUCUAGCCAGAGCUGUCGCCAGCUCGCUUGAAACCAACUUUUUAAAGGUUGUUUCCUCCGCUAUUGUCGACAAGUACAUUGGAGAAUCAGCCCGGUUGAUCAGGGAGAUGUUCGGAUACGCUAAAGAGCACGAACCGUGUAUCAUCUUCAUGGACGAAAUCGAUGCCAUUGGCGGUCGAAGAUUUUCUGAGGGAACCUCAGCCGACAGAGAAAUCCAGCGUACAUUGAUGGAGCUGCUAAACCAGUUGGACGGAUUUGAUUAUCUAGGUAAAACCAAGAUCAUUAUGGCUACCAAUAGACCGGACACCCUUGACCCGGCCCUUCUUCGAGCCGGGCGACUUGAUCGAAAGAUCGAAAUUCCCUUGCCAAACGAAGUGGGUAGGCUGGAGAUUUUGAAGAUUCAUUCCAGCGGGGUUGCUAUUGAGGGUGAAAUCGACUUUGAAACCGUCGUCAAGAUGAGUGACGGUUUGAAUGGGGCUGAUCUACGCAAUGUUGUGACGGAAGCGGGCCUCUUCGCGAUCAAGGACUAUCGCGAUACAAUCAACCAGGACGAUUUCAACAAAGCCGUCCGAAAGGUAGCCGAGGCGAAGAAGCUUGAAGGCAAGCUCGAGUACCAGAAACUAUAA